UUAAUGGGCCGAAAUCAAACACGUUCUCCACCAUAUAUUAUCAAGUUUUCGUUGUUGGCAGUCCUUUCUUGAAGACUAGGGUUUUGGUGCAGCUCCUCCCUCUCAACUUUCGAAGCCCUCGCCGAAACCGUUCUCUCUGCAAACAUGGGGAAAACAAGAGGUAUGGGAGCUGGGCGCAAGCUGAAGUCCCACCGUAGAAGGCAAAGGUGGGCUGACAAAGCUUACAAGAAAUCUCACCUUGGCAAUGAAUGGAAGAAGCCAUUUGCCGGUUCUUCUCAUGCCAAAGGCAUCGUCUUGGAAAAGAUAGGUAUUGAGGCUAAGCAGCCAAAUUCUGCCAUUAGAAAGUGUGCCAGGGUUCAACUCAUCAAAAAUGGAAAGAAGAUUGCCGCAUUCGUGCCCAAUGAUGGUUGCUUGAACUACAUUGAAGAAAAUGACGAAGUGUUGAUUGCCGGAUUUGGUCGUAAAGGACAUGCCGUCGGAGAUAUUCCUGGUGUUCGAUUCAAGGUUGUGAAGGUGUCAGGUGUGUCUCUCCUCGCUCUUUUCAAGGAGAAGAAGGAGAAGCCAAGGUCUUAAGUUUGCUUGGCAGAGUUCAUCAUCUUCUUACAGUUUUCUAUCGAUAAUUUUAGAGUAUUUUUGAGUUCUUGAUUAUUGGGUUGUUUUGGACUAUAUGUAGUUAUUGCCUCCCUCCUCGCUGUCUUAUUUUUGAAAUCGUUUGAUCGAGUUCCUUCCAUUUUGAUCUGAAAACUUUGUCUUGUUUAUUAAGAGAUAUCAACAACCAUGUUUUUGAA